UCAGUCUGUGCCUCACGGCAUCAGGGACUUUCCAUGACCAGAUCACUGUACAGGAAGUCAGACUAUGAAGACGAAGCAUAAGGAGAACUACUUCCUGUUCAGAGUCUGCAGAACCAGGAAACUCUGAGAUGAAAAGAAAAACUAUUAUUUUAUCCAAAACUUUAUUCUGUAUAUUAUUCUGCAGCUCAGGAAGUUUCAACUUUCAGAGCUUCAAGACAGUCCAGACUGCACUGCUGCUGUUUGGCCACCAGAGGGCGAUGCUGCAGCAGCAGGAGGAAGAUGAUGGAGGUCAGAGAGGAAGAUGAUGGAGGUCAGUGAGGAAGAUGAUGGUCAGUGACUGAUCAGGUAAACCUUCAGGUGAAGCUCAUGGUUCUGAUUCUAGUUCUGGUUCUGAUUGGCUGUUGAACAGGAUGAAUGAAUCUGAUUGGAUGUCAGUGGGUGGGCGGGGCCUCUGCUUGUGCGGCAGCAGCUGUGAAUCAGGACUCCAUUACCCAGCAUGCAGCGGGGCAGCCAGUAAAAUCCCUAAAGAGGAUUUGAGUGGAUCAGAGGAAACAUGCCGCUGAAGAAGGAAGAUACGGAGCGCGCUCUGCAGGUCAUGGAGGCCUGCCAGACACAGGCUGCUGACGGGGUCAAAGGUCGAGCUGAGAGGCUGCUCAGCAUCUUCCAGAGUGACUUGUUCCAGGCUCUGCUAGACAUCCAGGAGUUCUAUGAGCUGACGGUGUGUGAGAGCCAGACGUCCAGCCGGCCACACACACCUGCACAGAAGUACCGUUACCAUGACGACAAGACGCCGCCUGUGGACCCCAGUCCGGGUCACAUGACCCACAGCGCUGAGCCGAGCCACGCCCACCUGGACGGAUACACACACCCUGCUGCUCUCACUAUGAACGGAUCAGAAGGAGAGCUGGAGUAUGAAGAGAUCACUCUGGAGAGGGGGAACUCUGGACUGGGCUUCAGCAUCGCGGGCGGAACCGACAACCCGCACAUCGGAGACGACCCGUCCAUCUUCAUCACCAAGAUCAUCGCAGGAGGAGCCGCCGCCCAAGAUGGCCGCCUCAGGGUGAACGACAGCAUCGUGUUCGUGAACGACGUGGACGUCCGGGAAGUCUCUCACUCAUUGGCUGUGGAGGCGCUGAAGGAGGCGGGGCCUGUGGUCCGACUCUACGUGCUGCGGCGCCGACCGCCCAGCGAACGCAUCGCUCAGGUCAAGCUGCUGAAGGGACCCAAAGGUCUGGGCUUCAGCAUCGCGGGCGGCGUGGGGAACCAGCACGUUCCUGGAGACAACAGCAUCUACGUCACUAAGAUCAUCGAUGGCGGCGCGGCGCAUCGGGACGGCCGGCUGCAGAUCGGGGAUAAGAUCCUGGCUGUGAACCACAUGUCUCUGGAGGACGUCCUGCAUGAGGACGCCGUGGCGGCGCUGAAGAACACCGGGGAUGUGGUGUACCUGAAGGUGGCCACGCCCACCGCCCCGUUCGGCCAGCAGGGGGAGCGCUACAGCCCGCCGGACCUCACCAGCGCCUACAUGGAUCCAGACUACCUCUGCGAUUACCCAGCAGCCCUGGCGCCGCCGUCGCCCCGGCGAUACUCGCCGCUGCCCCGCGGCAUCAUGGGAGAAGAGGAAUACUCCAGGGAGCCGCGGCGCGUCGGCAUCCAGCGGGGGGCCACCGGGCUGGGCUUCAACAUCGUGGGGGGGGAAGAUGGAGAAGGAAUCUUCAUCUCCUUCAUCCUGGCAGGAGGACCAGCUGACCUGAGCGGCGAGCUGAGGAAGGGAGACCAGAUCCUGAGCGUGAACGGGGUGGACCUGCGGUUCGCCACACAUGAACAGGCAGCAGCAGCUCUGAAGAACGCCGGUCAGACGGUGACCAUCGUAGCUCAGUACAGACCAGAGGAGUACAGCCGCUUUGAGGCCAAGAUCCACGACCUGAGAGAGCAAAUGAUGAACAGCUCAUCAGGCAGCCUGAGAGCCAAUCGCAGCUUCUAUGUCAGAGCCCUGUUUGACUACGACAAGCAGUGGGACUGCGGCGUUCUGUCUCAGGCUCUGGACUUUAACUUCGAGGUUCUGCAUGUGAUGGACAGCGCUGACGAUGAGUGGUGGCAGGCAAGAAGGCUCAACCAGCAGGGGGAGCUAGAGGAGCUGGGAUACAUCCCCUCCAAGCACAGGGUGGAGAGGAAGGAGUGGUCCCGCAUGAAGAGUAAAGGGAGAGACGGUUUCAUCCACAGCUAUGAACUCGUCACUCAGAUUGAAGUGGACUACGCCCGUCCCGUCAUCAUCCUGGGUCCAACCAAAGACCGGGUCAACGACGACCUGCUGUCUGAGUAUCCGGACAAGUUCGGCUCCUGCGUUCCCCACACCACCCGUCCCCGCAGGGACUACGAGAUGGACGGGCGGGACUACCACUUUGUGUCGUCACGGGAACAGAUGGAGCGGGACAUCCAGUCUCACCGCUUCAUCGAGGCGGGACAAUACAACAACCACCUGUACGGGACAUCGGUGCAGAGCGUCAGGCAGGUGGCUGAGCAGGGGAAGCAUUGCAUCCUGGAUGUUUCAGCCAACGCUGUGAGGCGUCUGCAGGCGGCUCACCUGCAUCCCAUCGCCAUCUUCAUCCGGCCGCGCUCCCUGGAGAACAUCCUGGACCUGAACAAGCGUCUCUCGGAGGACCAGGCCAGGAAAGCUCUGGACCGAGCCGUCAAGCUGGAGCAGGACUUCCUGGAGUGUUUCACAGCCGUUGCCCAGGGCGACAGCUUCGAUGAGGUGUACCUGCAGGUGAAGCUGGUCAUCGAGGAGCAGAGUGGACCGUACAUCUGGGUUCCUGCCCGGGACAGACUCUGAUUGGCUGUCUCCAUGGCAACCACCCUCACCUGCUCCAGCUGAUGUGGGCGGAGCCUCAGGAGAGACUGCUGUAACCAUGGCGACCACGUCCUGUCCAGAGACAAAUAAUCCUGAGAGAAUCAGAGACUCUAGAACCAGAACCAGAACCAGAACACAGUAUUUAUAGAAACAUUUAUUUAUAUUAUUUAUUAAGACUUUCUGUGACGUGGCAGUGGAGUGUGUGUGUGUGUGUGUGUGUGUGUUAGACUGUGUGUGUGUGUGUGUUAGACUGUGUGUG